UCUGGUCUAAGAUUGUUCCUGUCCACCUUCAUAACUGCAUAGACUGAGACAUUACUGGGAGAAUGGAGGAAGUAAUUCACGUGCCUCCACGGAGAGCCAGCACGCCUGCCCUGUGAUUAAAACACACUCCUUGAGGAGCUGGAGGAGCUUGUCUUCUAGCAGGAGGACAGAUGCGUGUGUACACACACGAUCUCGGCGUGUAUGACAAGUGCUGUGUGAGUCGCUUGGAGAAGGGGGGAGAAAUGGAGUCGACAUAUCUGCAAAAGCACCUUGGGACGUGUCUAACUCAAGGUCUUGCAGAAGUGGCAAGAAUUCGCCCAGUGGAUCCAAUAGAAUAUUUAGCAUUAUGGAUUUAUAAAUACAAGGAAAACGUGACCAUGGAGCAACUGAGACAGAAGGAAAUGGCCAACUUGGAGCGGGAAAGAGAACUAGCUGAGAUUGAGCAGGAGAUGAUGGAGAGGCUCAAAGCCGAAGAACUCCUGUUUCAGCAGCAACAGCUGGCAUUCCAGCUGGAGCUGGAAAUGCAAGAAAAAGAGAGACAAAGGAUAGAAGAACUACAGAGAGCUCAAGAACAAUUAGAGAAGGAGAUGAGAAUGAAUAUGGAAAAUAUAGCUAAGAGUGAAGAUAGUUCACAUGCAGAGGAUGUAACAUCAGACUCAGGCAAAACACUAGCUGAAAUCAGUGAUCGAUAUGGGGCCCCUAACCUGAGCAGAGUGGAAGAACUUGACGAGCCAAUGCUCUCUGAUGUUGCAUUAAACAUUGAUCAAGAUUUGUAGGAUCAACCAACCUAAGAGCAAUACAUUUUUCUGCUUAUUUCAAGUUUCAAAAUAUGAGGUUUCCAGUUGUAUUUUUUUCCUCCAAACUUGAACUCAGCAUUUUUUCCCCCUCUAAAGACAGCUUUAUAAAUGAGCCUCAAGGAUAGCCUUAAAAGGUAAAGGUUGUUUUGGGAUCCCCAGUGCAACUGGUUAUCCACAGGAUUCCUCUGAGAGCAGGAGAGAGAGUUUGCCCAAGCAACCAAAAGGGACAAAUGAGAAAUGAGCCGAAAAGAGCGUGUGUGUCUGCAUGAAAACAAGAUUGUUGAGGUAAAAGUUCUGAUCUGGGAGGAGUGAGAGGGGCUGAACUGUGCAGGGCUCAGGAACGUUCACCAGGCUUUACAUCCCACAUUCCCCCCAGAAGUGGGCCUCAGAGAUUUCUCCAGUUUGCUAGGCAACAAUACUUUGUAGGACCAUUAAUUUCAUGCUUCUUCCUCAUGGGGCUGGAUGGGGAAGGAUGCCAAGUACUGGGGUACAGAGAGGCAGCCUCUCUUCUGGAGCAACCAAUGGACAAAAGUACUGGUACUGCUGUUGGAGGGAAGCUGUCGCUGGACACAGGCCAUGUGGUGGGGG